AUGGCAAAGGUCAUUUUCACGGCUUGGAAGUCCAAGUCUGAGUUACUGGACGUGCGGAAUGAGUUUUAUCCCACGUCGUCAUGUGAAGGACCCGAUAGGCGUGCUCAUGGCUGUGCAGUGGUCGAGGCUUGGAAGCUACGUGGCAAUGUGCCGCAUCACGUCGAGGCUACUGCCUUGUUAACAGAUGCCAUUCUCCAUGAUGAUGCGGAGAGCAAUUCCAUCUUCUCUAUUCGGGCGACUUAUUCCGCUGCUUUCUGUCGCUUCGUCACCGGCCUGGUAGACACCAAAAUCCACGGCGUUCGCCGAACAAUGUUCCAGCGCGCAAUGGAUCUAGGCCUCCCAGCCUCCUUCGUGGAACUCCGCCACGAAGCAACCCACCGCGAGCCACCAUCUCUCGUUGUCCUGCGCAAGGCAGCGCAGCGCUCGCUAGAGUGGCUCUGGGACAACUACUGGGCUGGUAUUGCCGAUGCAAGCUACGCGCCUGUAUUAGACCAUGACGAUGGUGCAUCUGUUAAGGCCGCUCUGGAAGAUGCUUUGCAGCCUCUUUGUGGUGCGGAUGCGGAUGGGCAGGCCGUUUCUAAGAAGCGGAAGCGCGAUUUCGGUGUUUCGGUUGCUAUGCAGCUUGUCUCUAUCUGUAAUGUUUCUGCCGGUGCCGUUAGGCUUUUGUCGGAGGUUUUGCUUGAGAGGGGUGUUUUGGUUCCUGCUGGAAGGAAGCUUGGAGAGUCUUUGAAUGAUUCUUUCAGAGAAUGGGACCCUGUCCUGCAAAGGGUUGCUGAGACUCAUCCUUCGUUCUUAAGGCACCUGACAGAAGAUAUGGUCAAUGAUCUCGCCUUCAAGAACCCGGCCGAUGCAGCUGAGAGUCCGCUAUCUGAAGCUAUGUAUCUGUGGCUGUCUCAUAUCCUCACACAUUCGUUCUGGGAAUUCCACAGGCAAUCAUGCCCGCAAAGCUAUGUUAUACAAGCUUGCGAUGAGAGUCAACACCACUUUACGAAAUUGUUGAGCCGCCAUUUAAAGAAGCAGGCCGAUGGAUUUAAAAAGGCUCCAAGCUCUCGAUCUGCUACCAAGAACCGUGUCUCGAAAGACAAAUCUACCAGGAAUGGUUCAUCAGGUGCAGGCUUCCAGCUCUCAGAGAAGCUGCAGCAGCAUGGGUGGGGAUUCGUGGAAAAAUGGGAUAAUCGGCCUCUGGGCGUCGUAUCGAGUAAUUAG